UGACCAUCAUCAACCCAAGGCCUAUCGUUGCCUCUCUCUAUCAGAUAUGUGUAGUGUUUAUAUUUCGUCCUGAAUAACUACGGAUUAAUAAGCGUUCAACUUCAGCCAUGGAUAGCCUUCCCCAAGAACUCACGGACGCCAUAGUGCGCAUCCUUAGCAACGACCGUCGCAGUCUUUGCGCAAUUUUAUCUGUACCGCGCUCCCUACGUUCUCAAGCGAGAGUCCUUUUUUUCCGUAUUGUCUACCUUAAGAAAGAACGGCUUUCUUUAACCUGUGUGCGAUGUAACCGGAUAUUCCACAUCUGGUGAAGGAUCUAUUCGUGGCCCUACCCUUCACUAUGGAACACAGAUACAGUCUUGAUCGACUCCUAGAGUGUUAUCCUCUUUCCAAUGUCCGAAGACUCACCAUAGAACAUCGGAUUCGGUGCUCCAGCAUCAAAAACGACGUUCCCAGCGCCUUGUUAUCGUAUCCUCUGACCUCACUGACGCUCAACAUUCAAUUGCACCGGUAUGAGGAUCUGUAUGAGCUUCUGAUGUGUUAUCCAACUCUCAAACAUCUUGACACUUCUUUCGCCGAUGUUUUGGAUAUGAAUCGUAUGACGGGAAUGGACUCAGAGAGGAUCAAGGUCAACCAGGGCGCGAUCCUCUCAAUCCAAGACUUGUCCACCUCGAGUUCCAUCCUCCACCUCUGUUCGUCCAUACAGCUAUUUGUGGUGGUAGAAUGGUACCCAAGGAAACCUGACGCAGAUUUGUUGGAAAUAACGCGGCGGUUCAUCUGCAAUGCGCUCCCUCGUUUACAUUUGACGAAUAGGUUGGAGGUCCAUUGCAAGGUGUUACAACAUUCAUUCGAUGAAAUGAUGUACUUGACGGGCUAGAUAUAAAG